UUGGCCUUGUUUUUGGUUAUGUUUCUAUUUCUAUUUAAACAAACAUUGUAAACAAGCGAAUAAAAGUAUUCGCAAAAUAUGGGUUUGACAAAAGAUUAUCUACGUUAUAUACCAUCGGGAACGUUUAAUAUUAUCUCUAGCUCAAAUUGUAAUGCAAUUUUCGUAACACUAGAAGGUCAAAUUGGGAGAUUUAUCGCGGUGGGUGCCUGCGAACAUAUCGUAAUAUGGGAUUUACGGCUCGGUGAGAAGGCUCAAACCUUGCCUGGAGAAAAGUCGGUUGUUACACGGAUUUGUGCCAGUCCAAAUAACAGGCAUUUAGCUGCUGGGUAUUCUGAUGGGAAUGUACUAGUUUACGAUUUGAAAUCUGCAGAUGUAAUUAGUAUUUUUUCUGGACAUCGUUCUGAUAUUACAGCUUUAGCUUAUGACAGUUUUGGGCAUAAAGUUGUUUCGGGAUCUAAGGAUACCGAUGUAAUAUUAUGGGAUACUGUCGCCGAGACGGGUUUGUGCCGCUUUUCAGGCCACAAGGGUCCAAUCACUGAAUUGGCUUUUCUCUCUGAGCACAAUGUGCUAGUGUCCAGCUCCAGGGAUCGAUUUGUAAAAUUUUGGGAUCUAGAUACCCAGCACUGUUUCAAAACUUUAACAGGGCAUCAAACAGAGGUGUGGGGCUUUUGUCUCUUGAAAAAUGAUAAAUAUUUAGUAACAGGAUGUGAAGAUGCUGAGCUCAGGGUGUGGAAAUUAACGACACGCGAUGCUGACGUGGAAAACAAAAACCCCAUUGAACACAUGGCAAAUAUGUUAGAGUUGGCAAGUUUAGAAGAUGACGGCGAUGAUAAUUUGCAUCCCCUUCAAUGUUUUAAAGUCGGCACUUUGCUAAGGAACGGCAAGGGCCGAGUCGUGUCCCUCGCGAGGGAUCCGACCGGUCAAGUCUUGGCGUGCCAAGGCAAAGACUCUCACGUCGAGUUGUUUUACUUUUGCUCGGACGACGAAACCCAAACGCGAUUUAAAAAGAGGUUAAAGAAGGAGAAGUCGAGAAAAAAAGAGGACGAUCAAAACGAGAAAAGUGAAAACCCGCAAGUCACCUUGAAGGACGAGGUGAGGAGAUUAUCGCAGGUGAAAACGGAAGGUAAACCGAAAGCGUUGGAUUUGGUUUUGGGUAACGGGGGCGAGCUCAGGGUGGCGGUGAAUUUUGCUGACAACUGCGUAAGGUUGUUCACCAUAGAGACCGCGCUGAAGCAUGCGGAAUCAAAAUGUCUACGCGGUAUUAUUAGGCCGGGGCAUCAUACGGAGGUGCGCAGGGUCGCGUUCAGCCAUGACAACUCAGCCAUAGUCUCCGGGGGCGGGGACUCGGUAAAAAUUUGGAACAGACCAUCUCAAGUUUGCUUGCGAACUGUGAAAACGGGGAACGUGUCGUGCGUCGCAUUCGUUCACAGUGACAGACACGUUCUAGCAGGAUUAAAGGACGGUAGUUUGUUGAUAAUCGACAUUGAGGUGGCCGAUAUUCUGGAAGCAAUUCCCGCUCACGACGGCGCGUUGAACACAAUCUGUCUUUUACCCAACAGUAGCGGCUGCGCGACCGGUGGUGACGAUAAGACCGUGAAAUUCUGGCAGUAUGAGCUGGUGGUCGACUCGAGAAGCGAGUCAAAGGUUAAAGUGUUGUCUCUAUUGCACACGCGAACACUUAGCCUCGACGACAAAGUAUUGUGCGUAAAGAUGUCGCCCAACGGCAAAUUCGUAGCCGCCGCUCUGCUCGAUACUACCGUGAAAAUAUUUUUUGCCGAUACGUUUAAGUUUUAUUUGUCGCUGUACGGACAUAAGCUGCCCGUUUACUGCAUGGACAUAUCGAGCGACUCGUCGUUGAUAGCGACCGGCUCGGGCGAUCGGAACGUGAAAAUCUGGGGAUUGGAUUUCGGGGACUGUCACAAAAGUAUUUUCGCUCAUGAUGACACCGUCACCGGCCUGGGGUUCGUUCCAAACACCCAUUACUUUUUCACGUGUGGCAAAGACGGCAAAGUGAAGCAGUGGGACGGCGAUAAGUACCACAAAAUUAUCACUUUGCAGGGCCAUGCCGGCGAAGCGUAUUCGCUCAGCGUCAGUUUCGACGGACGCUACCUGGUCUCUUGCGGUUCCGACCGGGUCCUGCGACUGUUCGAACGAUCCCAGCAGCUCGUCGUACUGCAGGACGAAGAAGAGGAGGAACGGGAACAGCAGGAGGGUUUGGCGACCGGAGAACAAACCGUCGUCCCCGGUCAGCCGGGUCUCAGUCUGCCUUCCAAGAAAACGAUCGGUAGCGAGAAAGCCGCCGAAAGCAUUCUGGAAUGUCUGGAGGUGAGCGAGAAAUAUCGGGAACAGUUGGCGGAACACCAGGCGCUGCAGGCCGCGUCCGCACAGCCCAUAACGGCCCCCGCGCCGCCGCUGCUCAUGCAAGCCUUGAACGUCUCCUCUCCCGGCGAAUUCCUUUUGGAAACGUUGAAAAGAAUACGGGCGAGCGACUUGGAAGAAGCGUUGCUGAUCCUGCCGUUCGGGUCGGUGUGCGUCCUGCUGGAACAGCUGCCGGAGUUGAUCGCUCGGGGCGAUUGUAUCGAGUUGACUUGCAAGGUCGCCACCUUUCUGUUGAAGCUUCACAACGCGCCCAUCGUCGCCAAUCAGCUCCUGCUUCCCACGUUGGAGAAGCUGCAGAAGCUCAUGUCGCAGAGGGUCUCUGAACUGAGGGACUUGGUGGGUUACAAUUAUUACGGGCUCCAAUUUCUACAAGGGCAAAUCGAAGCAGCGGAGGGUGUGCAACUUUUCAGGGACGCGACGUUGGAAAAGGGGAAAGGAGAAAGAAAGAGGAAAAAGAGAGAGAAAUUGAAGAGGUCCAUAUUGACGCUCAGCACGUAGGCUACCUCAUUUUUCCAGCAAUUAAAUAUUUUUA